AGCAAGAAGCCUGUUCAGUGUCCUGUGGUGCGUCCGUCGGCAGCUAUUCUCACUGGAAUCUACAGCUUCAGCGGGAGGAGAGAAGAUGUCACAGAGCCGAGUGACGAUAGAUAUCGGCCACAAUGGAGCCUCAAAACAGCAGUCCGCAGGUUUGGGCGCCACCGUUAGCUUUCACAACAUCGACUACAAAGUGAGACAGGGAGGAAGCUGUCUGUGUCGGAAGAAGGGAACGCCCAAACACAUCCUCGUCGACCUCAAUGGGAUCAUGAAGCCGGGUCUGAACGCCAUCAUGGGAGCGACGGGAAGCGGAAAGUCAUCGUUUCUGGAUGUUUUGGCGGCCAGAAAGGACCCUGCAGGUCUGUCGGGAGAGGUUUUGAUCGACGGAGCCCCGCAGCCUCCAAACUUUAAGUGUCUGUCUGGAUACGUGGUGCAGGAUGACGUGGUGAUGGGAACUCUGACGGUCAGAGAGAACCUGACCUUCUCCGCAGCGCUGCGACUCCCCACGGCCAUCUCUCAGGAGGAGAAGAAACAGAAAGUCGAAAAACUGAUCCAGGAGCUGGGACUGGGCCGAGUGGCCGACUCCAAGGUGGGCACUCAGCUGAUUCGUGGGAUCUCUGGCGGUGAAAGGAAGAGGACGAACAUCGGCAUGGAGCUGAUCAUCGACCCAUCUGUCCUCUUCCUGGAUGAACCGACCACCGGCCUCGACGCCAGCACCGCCAACUCUGUGCUGCUGCUGCUCAAGAAGAUGGGGAACAACGGUCGCACCAUCAUCCUCUCCAUCCACCAGCCGCGCUACUCCAUCUACCGGCUGUUGACAGCCUCACCCUGCUCGUCAACGGCAAACAGAUGA